AUGGCCCGUCCAAAGCGCAAUGUGCUCGCCACCAUAGACAGCACCAUCACACCGCCUGACGCGCUGUCGCCAAACCACGUCAUCGCGCGCAUUACCAAAGCUGAGGGGAAGAACAUUUAUGCCGCCGAGCUACCAGAUGGCAAGCCCGUACUUGCAGAGCUGGAAGCGAGGUUCAGAUCGACAGUAUGGAUCAAGAGGGGUAGCUAUGUGGUUGUAGACACUUCUGCGCUGGCAGAUCGGGAGAACAAACUGGAUGGAGAAAUUGUCAAUGUGGUUCGCGACGAGAAGGCCUGGAGGAAGAUGGCGUACUGGCCCAAGGAGUUCGUAAAGAAGUCCACCUAUGUCGAGGAUAGCGAUGAAGAAGAAUCAACCGUCGGAAAGAUGCCGCCCACCGACUCAGACGAAGACUGA